GCUUAAAUGUCAGGCAGACUGCUAAGCUACUGUCGCUUUAAGACACCUGAUGAUGACAAAGAAGGAAAACCCCCAUGGAGGAAGCAGGAAGUUCGUUUACCAAGAAGGAGAGCAAAUCAACCUGAAAUAAACAAUACACAAAGCACAGAGCAAAAGUUAUACACCUUCAUCGCAAUGGCUGGCAUUAAAGCACUGGUUGGGUUGUCCUUCAGUGGUGCCAUUGGACUAACAUUUCUUCUUCUGGGCUGUGUACUCCAAGAUUACGGGGUAUACUGGCCGCUGUUUGUCCUGAUUUUCUACAUAUUAAGCCCCAUCCCAACCUUCAUAUCCAGACGCCUCAGUGAAGACACUGACUCGUCCAGCAAUGCAUGCAGAGAGCUGGCCUACUUCUUAACAACUGGCAUUGUGGUAUCAUCUUUUGGGCUUCCCAUCGUGCUAGCCCGCACUAGCACAAUACAGUGGGGUGCUUGCGGUCUGGUGAUGACAGGAAACGUUGUCAUCUUUCUCACUAUCCUUGGCUUCUUUGUCGUGUUUGGAGGUGGGGACGACUUCAGCUGGGAGCAGUGGUAGAGUGCCGUCAGACAGUGGAUAGACAGAAGGUCAGAUGGAUGGAUGGAUGGGUGGGUAGGUGGAGAGUUGAAUGGAUAGACAGCAGACUGAGGCACACAUGUGUCCUGCACUGAGGGGUGAUGCUCAUGUACAGUGUACGCUGCAAAAUGUCAAAAUGACUGGGUUUUCAAGUCGAUUUUUAUAUUUAAGAGUAUCUGGGUUGGAGACAACACUAUGUGCCCUAUUAAUGUGCCUUAUGUCUGGGACUAGAAAGACACUGAUGCCUAUCCAGCUAAACUCAUGUAUUUCUGCUUGCCUCGCUUUUAUUUCAAACCCCAAAUCACCCUGCUUAUUGCUGCUGCCUGCAAUUUCAUUAUGCUUCAUAUAAUCAAUAUAAAGGAAUCCUGAAGAGUAACACUAUUGUAAUGUACACUGCAAUGCUCACUGCAUUAUCUGUCCUCAUUGUUCAAGGGGGAAGUAGCUAUACUGAAUUAUGGCUUGCUUAUUAUGAGCACUGUUUGCUGUUUAAAGUGUGACGGCGGGGCAUCUUGUCUUAAUCCAUGCUAUCUGACAGCUAGUUGAAGGAUUCCUCAUCAGGUAAAGAUAUAUUUGUAUGGAGAUGAUGUGUGUUUUUUGUUUUCAUUUUGCUAAAAGACUUUAAAGCCUUUUUUUGUUGUUCUGGUGCAAUUGUUUACAGUACAUUCUCACCAAAGAUCAUUUUAGAGUGCAACAUUGAAGCAUAUUUUUCACCGCUGAACUGUAUUGAUCUGUGCUAUGCAGUAAUAUGAUUGGAAGAAAGCACUGUUUAGUGAAAAUCAUACAUCUAUGUUCAGUUAUUGUGUGAAAAGGCCAGAUAAAUCACCCAUAUCCAUUUUAUAUUCCUGCAGACGAAAAAGGAAAUCAUACUACUGACAAGAGCAUGAUAUUAAUUUACGUAUGCUAUUUUGCCAUGUUGAAUGGCAAACUCAUAAGUGCCUGUCAUCCACAGUGUGUAUUUUGAUUAAUAGAAAAAUACUGUUUUUGUGUUUCAUCAUCAGGGGCCAUUGGAAUUUGUAAUUGUAAAUCAAUAUUACACCAUGCUAUAUUUAAUCAUUGUCAGUAACUGACUAUGAAUGAGUAUCUGACAUUUGUAUGAUAAGCCUACUUCAUAGAGAAAAUUCUAGUUAGUGUCCUAAUAUAAUUUUGGAUUCCCUAAUUUCUUAACUACUUUUGAAGGGAAAUGUACUUUAUGUCUCACAACUGACAUGUUCAACAAGGAAAGCUUGUUCUUUUCUAUUGUGACUCCCAUACCCACACUAAAAAGCGUAUAGGUUAUUUUAUAAGCUCCUGACUGCAUUUUGUUUUCUAACAUUGAUUAAAUAUAAAACAAAAAUAAAAAAAUAAAACUCUCUGUAUAGCGAAACAAACCUGU